AUGAAGCCGACGCGUCAGAGCGCGUUGAAACUAGCUUUAUUGCAAAAUAGCUCUCUGAUUUCAUUCGUCCGAUUAAGUGGCGGCUGUGAAAAGCCUUCAAACUUAAGCACGCACAACCUGGCCGGCGAUGCGGUCCAGGUCCUGCUGGCCGUGGCUGGUGAUCUUACGGCCACCCUUGUUGACGCCCUCGGGGCACUUCUCCACGACCUUCAUCUCCUCCAGCUGCUGCAGAAUGUGACGGAUGAGACCGCCCGAGGCCUUCUGGAAGUGCUGACGGUGGACACCCUUGCGGGCCGCACCACCGUACACCUUCUUGAGCGAGCCCACACCAGUGUACUGGCGCAAGUACACCUUACGCGCGAUCGAGGCGGCACGGAUGUAGUACCAGUCCGGGUCGGCGGGCGAGUACUCCUUGAACGAGGCCGUCUUGACCACGUCCCACCAAGCGGGCAGCUCGAUCUUGCCUGA